GCUUUGUUUUGGUAAACAUCGAGACUCGAAGCCAAAGGAACGCGAUUUCGUUUCCCUUCAUUUCCUCCUCUAUGGCACGGCUGGGGACGUUAUAGCAGGGGAAAAAACGAGAGCCAAACUUCAUAAGGUGUGGCACUACAAUGAGUUUUUCUGAGGUACGAACCAUGGGAGGCAGUGUAGGUACUGGUGUAGGCAUGGGGGCAGCUAACCUGGGGCACCUCCCAGUUGAGGAAGUGGACCAGGCUGUUGUUCCUCCACCUCCCCCUCCUGCUGCAGCACCAGCACCACCACCAGCCGUGGGAGCACCCAUGUUCAGCAGUUUCCAGACAGCCUCUCUCUCCUCCUCUCCUACAGGUUUCCCCCCCAUCUCACGUCCAAACAUUGUCAGCAUGUGGGGUAUUGGGGGCUUCACCUCACCAGCCCUCCCCACCCCACCCGCAGUCACACCAAAUACCAUAGCAUCAACCCUUGGAAAUCCCCAGAUGCCCAGUGUGACCUUCUUCAAUUCCAGAGCGCCAAUGGGCUUCAAUUUUAGAAUGGCUGGGUCACAUUUAGGCACUCCUUAUGUUUACAAGCGGAAGCCGGAGGAUGAGCUAGAAGAGGUCAAACCUGUGGUAAAGCAACACAUAACUGAAGAGAAGAUGUCAGCUCACCUGAAUGCUCUUCAUUUGUCUGAGAGUUAUUGCAAUCAUAAACUUGGAAAGAAGGGUUUGCCUAGUGAAGUAGAGCUUUCUGAAGAUUCUGAUGAGGGUCUGGGCCACUUCGGGGAAGAUCAGGAUGGGAUGCUGAUGGAUGCCAAGGGCCCCAUGCGUCUCAUCAUAUCCGACGAGGUGAAGCAGGUUGUACCCGGAGAAUCUCAGCUCCCUACUUCAUUAUUAAAAAAAUUAAAUUUUCGAAUGUUGCAAGGAGACACGAGAAAGUGCAAAUUUACUUGCACUGGUCAAAAUAAGCUUUGUGGAAGCUUAGGGUUUUCUUUAACUAGUUCAGUAUGUGCCCUAAGGAUAGUGCAAGAAGAAUUAAAGUUUGGAUGUAGUAGGGGUGAAACCUCCGCCAGCAGCUCCCCAGACUCUGGGAUCUCAGUGUCAUCCCCACCUCCAUCCCUGUCCUUCCUGGGCCAGCAAUCUUCUCGUGUUUCACCAUUCAGUGCAGGUUCAGUAUCAGCUGAGGCUGGCGAUGACUUACUCUCCCUGCCUUCCACAUCGUCCGGCUCACGGGGAGGAGGAUAUUUACCCCCUUUGCGGAGACCGGCAAGCCCCCUGCCUGAUCCUAUGGCAGAUGAUGAUUUUUCUGAGCGUAUGGAGUUCAACAAUAAUAAUGGCAAUGCACCCAAUUUCAUGUGGUUAGAGGAGAACAACAACAGUGCGUUGAUUGACCUAAAUGCAGUUGAACCACAGAGAGCUCCCCUGCUGGAUGACCUACCUGAUUUGCCGGACUCAGAUGACAUGGAUUUAUAA